UGAUGUGCCCAUGCACACCCUUGAACUCAUUGCAGUUCGUAUGGGCAUCACCUUGGCAUGUUGUGUAUUAUACAUGGUUGCAAUGAAGAUUCCAGAUCCUAUCCUUGGUCCCAAAGGCGUGAGGCUGUUGCUAGUGAACAGAGGCUUGUGCGGUUUCUUCGGUCUGUUCGGGAUGUACUAUUCCCUGCAGUACCUUUCAUUAGCAGAUGCGACGGUGUUGAGUUUUCUUGCGCCACUCUCAGCAGCAAUAGGUGGAUACAUCGUCUUAAAGGAGCCCUAUUCGAAGCGUGAAGCAUUUGCAGCAAUCGUGAGCUUGCUUGGUGUCAUUCUAAUUGCUCGACCGCCAUUUUUGUUCGGUGAUACUAACAGCGUAAACUCAGACAGCAGUGAUGCGGCUUCUAGCCUAGCUACCGCGAUAGAUAGGAUACGAGCUGUCUGCGUCGCUGUUUUUGGAAUUGUCUUAGGAACUGGUGCCUUAUUGUCAAUGCGUGCGAUAGGCAAACGCGCUCAUCCGAUGCAUCUCAUGAUGUUUUUCUCUACAUGGUGCACAAUCGUCGCCUCUGCUGCAAUGUACUUCAUGAAGAUCCCAAUCGUUUACCCUCACAACUGGAAAUGGGCUGCUAUGCUCAUUUUCAUUGGACUUUCGGGUUUUUUCGCGCAGACUUUGACUACGAUCGGCUAUCAACAUGAGACUGCAGCACGCGGCUCUAUGGGUCAAUAUGUACAACUCUUAUUUGCUGGAGUCCUGGAAUACGUGAUCUUCGGCACAGUUCCUUCGGCGCUAUCGCUUAUCGGAGCUGCUAUCAUCAUGGCAUCAGCUAUAUACGUUAUUAUUUCAAAGAAGGGUUCACCGAAGGAGCCUGAGGCGAUUAGCCUCAGAGAGUCGGACUCCGCUCUUGAGGAAGGCCUGUCGUAUACUGAAUCGCCAAACACGACGAUUGAACUUGCUGAGACGGGCUCAAGCAAGAGGAUAGGACAUGAAGACUUGAAGGAAAAGCCGCCACCUACGUGAAGUUUAUGUUUUUAAAACCUCCUAUGAUUACAACUACCUUUAUGGCGGCUGAAGAUGAUGUAUUUAAAUGACCUUGGAUGCUACAAAUGUCUAUGUCUA